AUGAUUGAGAGACACAAGCUGGUGUUGGGUGCCCUUACGGUGAGAGUUGAGGAGUAUGAGAAAAUGCAAGGGGAUACUAUUGCUGUGAUGACCUUGAAGGACUAUAUUGUUUUACUAUGCAGAGAUGUGGAAAAGCUGAAGUCCACUAAUUUAUCGAUAUUGUUUGGGACUGCGGAGAUUCUUGAGAUGCUGAGUAUAAAUGUCUCAGAUAAUUCUGAGGUUCUUGCGACUAAUACCAUAUAUGUGAUUAGAAUUGAUUAUGUUGAUGUUGAGUUUGAGGCUGAGAUAAAUGAGGAGCAACUUAGGGUUAAAUAUGAGGCUUUCUUUGAUUACUUGGAAUACAUUGAGGGAGCCAUGGUAGAUACAAGUGUUCAGGCCUCUUUGAGGGACAUUUCUAUAGUGGGCUAG